AUGGCCAUCCCCGAUGAUAUCCUUGCGGCAAACGCUGCAGGGAGAAUCCCUAGUGGGGUCACACUCGAAUACCUAGCAGAGUCCCGCGAUAGCUCUGCCAUUGUGGGAAUCAUUUUCAUGAUAUGCUUCACCGGCCUGUUGAUGAUCAUACGAUUAUAUGCCCGAACAUUUAUUGUGAAGAAGAUGGGUUUAGAUGAUGUAUUGGCCGUCGUGACGUUGAUGCUCUAUAUUGCUUUUGUCAUCCUCUCAAUCACCCUAAUCAACUUGGGAAGCGGUCGCCACAUCGAAUACAUCCAAUAUGUGCUAUCACUACCCACCGUCCGCGAAACAGAAGUCCUAGACUUCAUCGCUCAUAUUAUUUACACAACGGCUCUAUUCCUAUGUCGUCUGUCCGGUCUAGCUUUCUACUUUCGACUCACAGCCCGCUCAACAAAACUACACAUGAGCAUUAUCAUCGCCGUCCCACUUCUUUUCGCCGCAUACCUACCCCAGAUCUUCCUCCUGAUCUUCCACUGCAGACCAGUCACAGGACUCUGGCCAUACGAGUGGCAAGUCGAGCCAAAGACAUACAACUGUCUCACAUGGGGACUCGUAUACUCAGUGAACUCGGGCCUGUCUCUCGCUUGUGACAUUUUGAUGUUCGCGAUCCCAGCGGCACUCAUCAAGGGGCUGCACGUUUCUUUAGAAAAGAAGAUCAAGCUAUCCUUCGUGAUGUUCCCCGGUAUCCUUGUAAUCAUAAUCUCCGCCAUCCGCGUCUGGCUCGUAGCACGGGGCCAAUGGGACCCAGACGGCAGCUGGGCCUACAAUCCGAUGAUGUGUGUUGAGAGCGCCGAGAUCGCGGCAACUCUAGUCGCGCUCUCCGUGCCAGCGCUGAAACCCGUCUUCGGAAACUUGUUCGCACACUUGACUGAGUACACGUCCAGCCACACGCGCUCGCGCUCACGCUCGACAAAAAUUCCCAGUCUUGGACAUUCGAAGACUGUUGGAAGUGGUGCGGUAUCCAGCAAUCGGGAUAGCAAGCGUCUCAUUAAUUGGUCGAAGAUUGGGAAGGAUGAUUAUGAGAUGAUGCCUUCUGAGAUAUCGGUUUCGAGGGACACUAGAGCUGCAUCGAGAGCGAGUGAUGAGAUAGAGAGGGGUGCGAGGAGUCCCGGGAUUAGGGUUACGAAUGAGGUUACUAUUAAUCGUGGGAGUGAGGUUAGGGUUGAGACGCCUAGGUCUAGGGAGAGUUAA